AUGGGAGGUUCUUUAAACGAAGAUUAUGAUUUCAUAACAAGAAAGCACUCUUUAGAAAACACGUUGAAGUUGGUAACCCAAAAAGGUGAACUAAUGGGAUCUAGAAUUAACGAGUUAUUUGAGAAAACGGUGGUGCUGUGUUUAAGUGUGGAUGGUAUGAAUGAUCUUGAAGAUGUUGAGGCGAAGUCUUCACUGCAUCCUCAGUCCUCUUCGUUCUGCAAUUUAAAAAUCCUUGUUGUUUCAGAGUGUGCAGAGUGUAAGCAGCUGGUCAUGGAUUCUGAAUCAACCAUGACUAACGAUUCUGGCUCAUCAGGAAUGACUAAUUCUCAAUCUCUUCCCGUUUUCUACAACCCUAAUGCCAUCAUGGCUCACACUCAUCUUACCAAAGAGAAUUAUGUAAACUGGAGUACCCUGUUAAAAACACUUCUACGAGCCCACCAACUAUUAUUUGUUAUUGACCCAAACCCACCCCCAAAAACCCUUGCUGAUGGUAAAGAGAACCCAGAUCACCACAAAUGGAAGAAUGCAACCGACCUGAUCUGCUGCUGGAUAAAAGGCACUGUUACCCCUGCCAUCCAACCUUACCUAAACUCGUGUGACACUGCACCUGCAACGUGGAGUGUUCUAGCAAAGCGUUUUGGCUCCAUAUCGGCUAUCCAAAUUGAAAACUUACAGGACCGUCUUCACAACCUGAAGAAACCAACUGACCUCUCGGUUUCAGAUUAUCUUCUCCAACCCAAAACUAUAUCAGAUUCCCUCACUGCUUAA